CACAGCUGGUGUUGGUAAUGUAAUGUAAAGACGAUCGUUCCAAGUCGAAAGUUUGAAUAUAGAAUUUGGGCCUGAUUUAAGAAAAUGGCUAUCAAACGCUCGCUUAAGGAAUGGUUUCAGAAAUACUUUCUUGAGGGUCAAGCUUUAAGCACCACUCAAGAGAAGGCCUUGAUCAAUCUCGAUCCAAACGCACCUUGGCAAGAUAGGUUGAUCGUGAAACACCGUCGUGUGGUCGGCAUUCUCAUUCCCUUCGCCAUCGUACAUUUCAUCUGGUGGACAUGCGCGAUAAAGUACAAUUAUUGGGCAUUGUUUCCAGAUCUAUAUUACAUCUCUAUCACGAUGAUAUUUGGCUCCUUGAUUGCAGGUAUGACAAGCGAAGGUGGUGCCUCAGUAGCUUUUCCAGUGUUGACCUUAGCUUUUAACAUCCACCCGACAAUUGCUAGAGACUUCGGUUUAAUGAUUCAGUCAGUGGGUAUGUCUGCAGCGGCUUUCACUAUAUUCUGGAUGCGCAUACAAGUUGAGUGGCGUUCGAUCAUUUUUUGCUCCAGCGCUGCAAUUAUCGGGAUAAUCAUCGGUCUUGAAUUCAUCGAUCCGAAACUCACUCCACCCCAAAAGAAGAUGGGUUUUGUCAGCGUUUGGUUUGCCUUUGCAUUCGCCCUGUUCCUUUUGAACCGUUACCACAAAAGAAAAACCUUCAAAAUCAUUCCGGAUUUCAACGCGUGGAAGCUAGGAGUCCUGUUAGUAACCGGUUUCAUUGGGGGAAUUUUCUCCGCCAUAGGAGGAAGUGGACUAGAUAUAUGUAGUUUCAGCGUGUUGACAUUGCUAUUCCGAGUUUCAGAGAAGACUGCCACGCCAACGUCGGUUGUACUGAUGGCGGGUAACACCAUGGUCGGUUUUUACUGGCGUCAAGUGAUGAUGGAGCAAGUUCACAUUGACGCUUAUCAUUAUCUUGCUGUGUGCGUGCCCAUUGUUGUUCUUGGGGCACCUUUAGGUUCUAUGAUCGGUAGCCAUUUUCAUAGACAAGUCUUGGCUUCAUUCGUAUAUAUCACUGAUACGGUGGCUUUAAUAAGUGGAUUUGCGAUCGUGCCUGUCGAUGCUACAUUAGUAGGCGUCUCCGUGGGGAUAGUUUUGUUCGGUUUUGCAUUCUUUGGUAUCUUAUGCUACCUCGGCCAACGUCUAUUGAAGAUCAUCAAUGAAGAAGGAAAGGAAAACAUCGAGUCGAGUGAGAGUGAAGCAUUGUACCAAACAAGUUCGGAGACUGAGCAAAAACUGACUUCACUUAAAACGUCACCAAACGGACAAACUUCAGUUUAGAACUUUUUUCAAAAUAUAUCCCUUGUCAUCGUCCAAAACGAAUUAUCACACCUCUAAGCAUUAAUAUCGCUUAGUCUACGGUGUCGUGCAGACUUGUAUACUUAUUAGCAAAAUACAGUUAUAUAACAAAAGAUAUAGAUUACAUUAACCACUGGAAUUAUCUCGGAGGAAAAAUGAUGAUUUAAUCCAGUAAGCAUUUUUUUGUAUCAGGAAAGUACACACACAUGCUGUAUGUAAGCUUAAUGUUUAACUAGUAGUUGUUCCUGAUAGAAAUCUUUUAUGAUGAGACCUA